AUGUUCCUCAACCUCUACUUGCAUUUUAUUCAUCCCCUCUUCAUUUCCCCCUCUCCCUUCAUUUCACUCUUCUCUACCAUCAUAUUCAACCUCCCCUACUUGCAUUUAACUAAUACCCACUUCUUUCUUAUCCUCUCACUGGACCUCACUCACUUUCAUCUAUCAUCACGUACCUCCUCCCCUACUUCCAUUUUACCAAUCACCUCUUCUUUUACCUCCUCUCCCUUGACCCCAGUCUCAUCCAUCUACAAUCAUGUUGCUCCUCCCCUGGUUGUUUUACUAAUCUUUUUCUUCUUUUUCCUCCUCUCCCUUUACUUCAAUCUCCGCCAUCUAUCAUCAUGUACCUCCUCCCCUACUUGCACUUUACUUAUCCUCUCUUCUUUUUCGUCCUCUCUCAUCACUUCACUCUCCUCCACAUCAUCAAAUCUCUCCUCUUCUCCUACUUGCCUUUUACUAAUCACAUCUUCUUUUUCUUCCGCUUCUCUGACUUUACUCUCCUCCACCUAUCAUUGA